CUCUGCGCUCAGGUGUGUUUCCACCCCCUGACCAGCAGGGGCGCUAGAGCGCUGGCGGACCUGGACAGGAAGCGCAAGGACUCAUGGUACUUUUAGUUCUCAGUGGAAGACGGUUGGCCCGAUAACACAGCGAAGAACAAAACCACACAUUUACCAACGAAAAUAAAAUACCAGCCGCAAAUUCAGCACAAGUACACACUGUGUGUGCUCCGAGUCCGGAUAAGUUCGGGUGGAUUCAGUCGUCGUACGGAGAGCAUCGGCUCAGUUUUUGGUGAAAAAUAAACAGGAAGUUGUUAGCGUUGUGGGACGUGUAGUUCCGCUUGCAGGCCGCGGGGCUUGAUAACAACGCACAGAAUAAAGAAACAACAACAAAAUAUUACAAGCUUCACCCCGAGACCGUGUCUUUACCCUCGGCGCUGAGGCAAACAUGCCCGGGUUCACCUGCUGUGUACCUGGCUGCUACAACAACUCGCACCGGGACCGGGACCUGCGCUUCUACACGUUUCCUAAGGACACCGCGCUGAGGGAGCUGUGGCUAAGGAACAUCUCCCGGGCUGGGGUCAGCGGUUGCUUCAGCACCUUCCAGCCCACCACGGGGCACCGGGUCUGCAGCGUGCAUUUCGCCGGCGGGAGGAAAACCUACAGCAUCCGUGUGCCGUCCCUUUUCCCUCUGCGGGGCGUGAAUGAGCGCAGGAGUCGGCGGGGCAGAGGCAGGAAAGUGUCUGCGGGGGUUCCUGCCCCCGCCGCCGCAGCGACCUCCGGGAUUGUCAUCACCAGCGUCCUGGGCAGCACGGCGGAAGGAGCCGAGGGCAAUGCUGGUGGGGAGGCGAGCGACGACAGCAUCACCGUGGUUCAGAUAGGCCAAAACGGAGAGUACCUGGGCACGGCGCGGCUGCCCGCCCAGUCAGAGGGGACUUGUUACACCGCGCCCGUCGGCAGUGCGGACGAGCUCACCGCCGACGACUCGUCGGUCGAAACCACGUCCGCCUUGCACCAGCUGCCCGUGCAGUACGUCAGUGUGACCAGCAGCCCGCUGGACCAUUCGUACUCGCUGACCACCGGUACCACGUCGGCCGAGCUGCUGCGGAAACUGAACGAGCAGCGGGACAUCAUCGCACUGAUGGAGGUGAAGAUGAAGGAGAUGAAGGCAACCAUCCGCCAGCUGCGGGUUGCCGAGGCCAAGCUGCAGGAGGAGGUGCGGGAGCGGGACCGGCUGCUGUACGGGAACUCGGUGGCUUUCAGCGUCCGGAAGAAAAUCUGAUGGGUGGACAUCACCGGAGACGACCCGCUACAGAGACUUAGACUAACGGAGAUGACACCGAGGGGUUUGAAGACAGCAUAUCCAGCCCUAUUUUGUAUAAAACUACGAGCGAUGACAAUUUAUUUUAAACGAGUAGAGCUGAUUUUUCGUAGGCCUGAUGUUAAAAAAGAAAAAGAAAAAAGAAAAAAAAAGAAAAAGUUGGCUGCCUAGUUUAUGUAGCUGAUAGUAAUAACCUCGUUGCUAAUCAACAUGCAAACAUGCACAGUCCACUACUGGUCUGCAGCCCAUCCAAGGUCAAUAAUACAUAUUUCAUUUAUUCAGACGGGACUCGUAGUCUGCACAGACAAGUUAGGCGGGCUUACAUAUUUAUAACCGGACUGAGGGGAAGAUGCUGAAAGCUACCUAGUUGCAUAUAAAGUUUUCCUCCUUAAGAUUUCUCCGACAAAGUUUUUAUUUCCUUAUUUUUGAACUGAAAUUAGGAGGUUGGUGCAAGAAAUCUCUCACAGUAGAUUGCAGAGCUAAUGUAAAGUACACCACACUGAAGUACCCAUAGGAUUUUUUGUAACCAAAAACACUAUUAUUGGUACACUUAUGGUGUUAAUCUGUGACAUAAAACUCUACCAUGACCUGAUCUGAGUUGCCUUCACAGGUACUUUAAGUUGUUUUCCUCUUUUUUUUUUUGUUGCUAAAGACAUUUGUGCGACAGAAAAGGGACUUCCUUAAAGAAAAAAAUCCUUAUAACUUGACAGGGCACUCAGAAGAUGAAAUCUCAUUAAAGGAUGUUUCUUGAAGAUAUGCAUUAUGUUACAUUUUACUGUUUUCCUUUUCCUUAAGGAAAUCAUAAGAGAAGUACAUAGAAAACCCUUUUCGCAAGAUACUUUAUGCAACUAGAACAUGUAUGUCUGAGGUGGGUUUAUGAAACAGCGCCUGCUUGUUUCUGUGUGAUUCGUUCAUUUUAUGUGCCUGUUUAUGGUCAGAUUGUUUUUCUCUCACAAAGAAAGUUAGUGGCUGCAUCUCUCCGUCCUGUUCAUGUUUCAUGCACAGGAUGUUACACACAUUUCAGAUUUUUGAACUUGCUCUCACAGCUAUGCUCUGCUGUCAUUUUGAAGUAAAUUUCAUUUUGAAAUAGCGCCGAUUCACGCUGAGUAAUUCCUCAAGUCAACAAAUUUGUCCUGACCUGUCCAGUGUCACAGUAACAAAACAGAAACAGACUGUGGGUCAGAAGAUCCUGUAGUAUUUUUUUUCUGAAAAAUAGUUUUUACCUUUGAGUUAAGGGAGGUUGGGCUCAUCCAACUGGGGUGAAAACUCACUGGGCUGCAGUGAGGGCUUUUGUUUGGGCUCUUUUUAGGAAAGAUGAGGUAAAAAUUUGAAUCUCCAGUGGCUCCAGUAAGCUCUAUUGUCAAGUACCAGGAGGAUUUUUUUCAGCUGUGUUGAAUUGUGGAAAAGUAAUAAAAUUUGUAACAUAUUAAAUUCUCAGUCAUGAAGACUUUUGAUUGGCACAAAACAUGAACUCAAACAUCAAAUCUAUUAUAACAUGAUAUUGAUUUGCAGUUUUAUACACCUGUUAAGUGAUGUUUGGUGCUUAAAGCAUAACCUAUCAUAUUCUACUACAGUGAGAGCACUCUGAACAAGAUGUCGCCAUAAAAACUUAGAAAAGAUGAAGUGUACAACCCGUCAUUUUAUCUGUUUCUUUUGAAUUAUUUUUGAAAAAAAUUGUUGUAUUUGGAGUUUGGUGAGAAACAACACAAAUGUCUCAAAAGUAAUGAAGCCCAGAGAUCUCUGUUUAGGUUUCAGGGAGGACUGUUAUUUAGGGUUAGCUUAAUUAUGAAUUUAUGCAGUGAUUACUCUGUCAGAUUAAUUGAUCAAUCAUUUAGGCCAUAUAAUGUACAAAAAUAAUUGAAAAAAGUAGCCAUUUUUCCAUAGGAAAAAACUAUGUGUUCAGGUUGGUUGUCUUGAUGAACACACGAUACGCUGUGGUUUUUAAAGCAUUAAAUUGUCAUAUUCGGGAAACCAGCAAGUGAUUUGGUGUUUUUAAUUCAUCAAUCACUUAAGAUAAUUAACUGUGUGUCAAAAAAAAACCGGAUUCAUCCUCUGCUGAUGAACUUCCAGUCAUUUCAGCUCCCUGGUUUCAGUGUUUGUCUCCAUACAGUGCAGCAUGAGGUAUUUAAGUCACAGUACAAACAACAAGUGGUAAAAUGUGUGUUGUGAUCGGCAGAGUGCACGGUCCGAUGUUGCACCAUGAUUUUCACCCUCUAGAUGGCGGUGGGAUAAAAACUUGAAGAGCGGAAGCUUUAGCUCCUGUCUACAUGUACUGUAUCUGUGUGUGUGUGUGUGUGUGUGUGUGUGUGUGUGUGUGUGUGUGUGUGUGUGUGAGUGUGUUGGCAGCUUUGAUCAUUAUUUGUUGAAUGGUUGCUCAUAUUAAAGCACUGAAAUGUUGAGUGUCACAAUGUGAAUCUAAA